AUGGUCAGACCACCCCAAAUCUUGAAAAUUUUGGCCCUCCAGUCAAUCUUGCCUAGAUCCGCCACUGUCCGCUGCAGAUAUUCUUUUAUGUGGAUGAAAAAGUCUAACAUGUCGUUAGCUGGAUUUCAGUUCAAGCAGUUUUACGUGAGGAGUGCAUUGGACUGCAUGCAUAUGUGCAAACAACUGGGAGGAUGUGACUCCAUCAACUUCCAUCCAGCUUCCAAGUUGUGUCAGAUGAACGCUCACAUCAAUGGGUACGCUUCACUGACCAGUGUUAGUGUUGAUGAAGCCGACCAGAGAGUUGCAACAAGGCUAGCAGUUGGCGCCUAUGCAUACAACAGUUCAGGAUAUUUCGUCAACUCUAUUUUAACGCUGACAGCAUUUUGGGCCGUUGAUGGCCGAAACGGCUUAAACGAUGUUACAGCAAAAUGUUCGCUGACAACACCUUCGAUGGCACCGCAUUGGAUCGGUGUGGACCUCGCAAAUGUGUUUUCUAUAUUCUACACAAUACUUUAUGCCGGAACAGAUAUAAAUAGUAUGCCAACCAGGAACGAUCUGGACUACUUCAUUGUGGGAGUGAGUAACAGGUCCCUGGAUGUUCACCCGCCAGUGAGAGGCAUGUACGACCUUUGUGCUCAAUAUCCAGGGGUGGUUGCUUCGAAACAGGUGGUUCAAUUGAAUUGCUCCUCUACUACACCUCCAGCCAGAUACGUCAUACUGCAACAACCUGCUAACUCUACUGGAUACAUGUCUGUCUGUGAAUGGGAAAUCUAUGGAAUUUCAUACGGAACAUACCGCAACAACAUGUUGAUUGGGAGGCCAGCCAGGAGCAGUUCAGUAUUUUAUGACCAAACAUGUGGAGCCUAUGAUCCUGCUUUGCUGGUGGAUGGCUUUCACGACAACUUUGCAUUUCAAUGCCACUGCUCCCACACGAACGAUGCCACUGGUGGACCUAACUGGUUCAUGGUAGACAUGAUGACCAGCCAUCAUAUUGAUUUCGUCGUACUGUCAGCCAUGGAUUAUGAAGGCAAUUACGACAUGAAACAAAUAACCGACCGCAUGUACAACUUCAUAAUUGGACUGACAAACGUAGACAGCGUGAUAACAGUUCCAGUUAGAGACAGCUAUCCUUUGUGCGCCAGAUGGCCAGGAGCUCUCAAACAAGGAGUUAAAGUCGAACUCAAAUGCAAUGCCAACUUGCCAAAAUUCAGAUACGUAGUGCUUAAAUUCUUAAAGAGUUAUUCAUGGAUAAAACAGUCGAAAGUUUCGUUGGUUAGAUUCCAAUUCAAGCAGUUGUACGUGAGGAGUGCAUUGGACUGCAUGCAUAAGUGCAAACAACUGGGAGGAUGUGACUCCAUCAACUUCCAUCCAGCUUCCAAGUUGUGUCAGAUGAACACCCACAUCAAUGGGCAGAAUGACUCCGUCAAAAAACAACUAACCAAAUACGAUUAUGGGGGUGAUAAUUUUGAAGAUUAUAAUGUUACCAUAGAUGAUGAAGAUGAUGAGGAAAAUGAUGAGGAAGACGAUUAUGAUAAUGAUAAUUUAAACUAUGAUGAAAAUGUCAAAGGUUACAAUUCAUUUGACAGCUUCUAA